CGUUUCGCAUGGCCGGGCCUUGUCCCUGAUUAUUGGAAGGCGACUUUGCAAUCAAACGUGGUUGUUCGCAAAGCAUUGAGGGUAAUAAUGUUCUACAGUAGCUUGGCUACAAUAUGGUAUAAAAGGACACGACGGCUCGCCCACCUCAUCCAGAUGACCAACAACCUGUUCAACCUCAACUUCAGCACGACCCAAGACAAUCCUCAAAAUGGUCAGAAUCACCUCCGCAACCCUCGUUGCCUUCGCGGCGGGCGCCAUCGGAGCGCCUCAAGGCACGAUCACCCGUCGCCAGUCACCUGGAGGCUGUGACGCCGCUGUCAAGCUUGAUGCCUCGACCAACGUCUGGGACAAUUACAAGCUCCACGCCAACAGCUACUACCGCUCCGAGGUAGAGGCUGCUGCUGCGCAGAUGUCGGGUGCGGCAGCUGAAGCAGCGCUUCGUGUGGCUGACAUUGGAACAUUCCUGUGGGCUGAUACCAUUGCCAACAUUGACCGCAUCGAGCCGGCCCUGCAGGAUGUGCCUUGCGAUGAGAUCUUCGGCCUUGUGGUCUACGACUUGCCCGGCCGUGACUGUGCGGCCAAGGCAUCUAACGGCGAGCUGCCCGUCGGCGCCAUCGACCGUUACAAGUCUGAGUACAUUGACGCCCUUGCGACGCUCCUCAAGAAGUACCCCAACCAGGCCUUCGCCCUGGUCAUUGAGCCUGACUCGCUCCCGAACCUGGUCACCAACAUGGACCUCCAAACCUGCCAGGACUCGGCCGCGGGUUACCGCGAGGGUGUCGCCUACGCCUUUGAGAAGCUCAACCUGCCCAACGUCGUCAUGUACGUCGAUGCCGGCCACGGUGGCUGGCUCGGCUGGCCCGACAACUUGCAGCCUGGCGCCCAGGAGCUCGCCAACGUCUACAAGGCAGCUGGCAGCCCCUCGCAGGUUCGCGGCAUUGCCAUCAACGUCUCUGGCUGGAACCAAUGGGACAUGGUUCCCGGGGAGUUCGCCAACGACCCCGACGGUCAAUGGAACAAGGCUGAGAACGAGAAGAAGUACCUUGAGCUUUUCAGCCCUCUGCUCGAGCAGAACGGCAUGCCCGGCAAUGCCAUUGUCGACACUGGCCGCAACGGCCAAUCCGGUGGCCGUCUCGAAUGGGGCGACUGGUGCAACGUUGUCGACGCUGGCUUUGGUGCUCGUCCAACUUCCGACGUUAACUCGCAAUGGGCCGAUGCCUUUGUCUGGGUCAAGCCCGGAGGCGAAUCGGAUGGUACCAGCGACUCCAGUGCUGUGCGCUACGACUCGUUCUGCGGUCGCCCUGACGCCUUCAAGCCUUCCCCUGAGGCUGGCACCUGGAACCAGGCUUACUUCGAGAUGCUCAUUGAGAACGCCAACCCUGCCAUCUAAGGCUGUGUGGUUACGGCGGAUGGACACUCGACGACCAGUGACGAAUGAUGCCUAGCUUACCUUUGUCUAUAUUAAAAAUACACAAUACAUAUACCGUUUUUCCAAUAUAGAUCGCGCUUCACUCCUGAU